UACGUCUUCCCGCCCUUUGCGUGUCACGUCACGUUCUUACGCUCUUUGUAAACCAGCACCUGAUUGGCUAGAGCCAAGCAGCGCACAGCGACAAGAUGGCGGAGGUUGUGGUGCUACAUAAACUGAAGUUGGCCGAGCUGAAACAGGAAUGCACUGCUCGGGGUCUGGAGACCAAAGGGAACAAACAAGAGCUGGUGAACCGACUGCAGGCGUACCUGGAGGAACACGCUGUUGAGGAAGAGGUGAACGAAGAGGAAGUCCUUGGUGAAGAUACUGAGGAAGAGGAGGUCAAGGUAGUCGUGGAGGAGCCGGCUGAGCCAGAGAAGGUCUCCGUCGCUGAGAAAGAGGAGGGAGGGGCUGCAGAUAAAAAGGUGGUUAAAAUAGCGUCCACCACCUCUCCUGACGAGAAGCUGCAGCAGAGAGCACAGAGGUUUAACGUCCCUCCGACUGGCGAGAGUAAGAAGGCUGCUCGAGCUGCAAGAUUUGGUUUGCCAGCAGCCCCAGAAAAAGAUUCCUCUGUAGUCAGCCAGCCAGCUGUCAAUGUAGACCAGUUGAAAAAAAGAGCCCAGAGAUUUGGGAUGAAUGUGUCUUCGGUCUCAAAGAAGGUGGAGGAGGAUGAGAAGCUGAAGAAGAGAAAGGAGAGGUUUGGAAUCCUCACAAGCGCUGCUGGAGCCACAGAUGACAUCGAGGCAAAGAAGAGAAAACGAGCAGAUCGCUUUGGUGGAAAUGUGUAACAUAGCUGCAGACGUUUUACCUCCUCUACUAAAUUUAAUUUUUUAUUAUCCCCCCCCCCCUUACCCCAACCUUGAUUUUAUAUUUCCAACCUUUUAACUGUUUCAUUAGUUUUAAAACCUGUAUUUUACUCUCACAAUUUAAAUGACAUCUUUAGGGUGGGCUCUUCAGUCCCAUGCAUUCUAUCAGGUGAUGCUAACAUUGAGGGAAUAGAGAGAGAGAGACUCCGCCCCAGUGCAGACAGGUGACAGGUGAGGCAGCGCAGUACCUGCAGCGCAGGGAGUGAUUCAAAAUGUUUAGCCGUAGCUGAAGAAUCGCCUUGAAUUUUAGGGUUGAGACGUAAUAAAAAUUAAAAAAAAAAAAAAUAGUUUUAGGUCUUUAACAGUGUAAUCCAAGAAACUACAAAAUGAUGUCACAAGUCCGAUCCAUAAUAGUAGAACAGUAUUUCAUGUUAGAUUUUCAAAAAGUCACAAGUGUAGAGGGAAAACUACGAAGCGAUGUGUGAUUCAGUAUGUUAACAUUGUUCAGCAGGUUGCAUUCGACCCUUCAGGGAUUAAAAAUAGUUCAUUCUAGAGGGUGAUGCAAAGCUGUGCCAGAGCUGUAAGGGUUGGGUGUUGGUCUGGCUGCGACCCGCUGAGCUGUCGGCUCUGCUCUUCGGGGGCACGCGUGUGGUUUUGCUUUCCAUGCCCCCAAUAACAGCAGCCUACGAUGGGUGACUGGAGAGGUGGCAUAAAGGGGGUAUCUCUGCUAACCCAGUUCCUCUAAACAGGUGGUUUUUGUGUUUUUAUGUGGGGGUGGAAUGGGGUAUUUUCAAGGUCUCUCUUUAAUCGUUUGUUUUUUUUUUUUUUUACAAUCUUACUAUUUGUUUUUUUUUUGUGGUUCACCACAGUAGCUUGUAUGAAAAUAAAAUGCGUUGGAUUGGAAUACAUUUUUUUGUCAAUAAAGAAUUUUCUAACAA